AUGGAGUCAAGGCAAGACAUUAGCAAUAGCAACAAUUCUAUGCCUGAUGAUGGAACUGAGUCACAGUUUGGAGGAUCUUUCAUAUGUCAUACAAUUAAUCAUAUCAACUCUAGGGGGUAUUGGUUAGGAGAAAAUCCACUUGCUUAUUCUGUCCCUCUUUUCUUGAUCCAAGUUUUUCUCAUGUUCAUUUUCACACAGCUUAGUUACGUUAUUCUCAGGCCAUUUGGACAAUCUUGUUUUGUUUCUCAGAUUCUUGGAGGUGUGACACUAGGUCCUUCAAUUCUUGGUCACUAUUCAGCAUUUGCGAACACUUUCUUCCCAAUAAAAGGAAGAACUGUGCUUGACACAUUAGCAUUUUUUGGAUUCAUGUUAUUCAUCUUCCUACUUGGGGUAAAGAUAGAUCCAACCAUCAUUUUCCGAUCAGCGAAAAGGACGUUUGCCAUUGGAAUUUUAGGCUUCUUUGUUCCUUACAUAUUUGGCGGAUCGGUUGUUUAUAUCAUCGACCGCUUUGUAUCAUUGGAUAAUGAUGUUUCGAAGGUGCUUCCUAUAGUGGUAGAAAUUCAAUCUAUCACAGCCUUUCCAGUAAUUUCGUGCUUUCUUGCUGAACUUCAAAUCCUCAAUUCAGAGAUCGGACGGUUGGCUUCGUCAUCUUCGCUAGUAUGCGAUGUUUGCUUUAGUUUAGUUUUGAUAAUGAAGUUUGCUGCAAAUAUAUCAACAACGAAGUCAAUAGGAGUAUCUAUUGGAUUGAUCUGUUCAACCACUCUUCUUGUUUUGUUCAUAGUUUUUGUUGUUCAUCCAGCUGCAUUAUAUGCUAUUCAUCACACACCAGAAGGAAAACCUGUUCAAGAAAUUUACAUUUGUGGAACUCUUAUAAUACUAAUAUUCUGUGGAUUCAUCGGUGAAGUUAUCGGCGUAGAUGCAAUUUUUGUAUCAUUUAUGGUAGGGUUGGCUAUACCAGAUGGUCCUCCAUUAGGUGCAGCAUUGGUAGAUAAACUAGAGUGUUUUGUUUCAGUUGUGCUUUUACCGAUACUUUUCGUGGUCGUUGGAUUGAGGACGGAUGUUUUUGCAAUACAGAAGAUGAAGAAUUUGGGAAUUAUUCAGUUGAUUAUUUGCGUUGCUUUUUUCGGUAAAAUUGUUGGGGUUUUAUUGCCUCUACUUUUUUGUAGGAUGCCAUUUAGAGAUGCUCUUUCUCUUGGUCUUAUAAUGAACUGCAAAGGCACAGUUGAAUUGGCAUUGUUGAUCAACCUGAGAUUAAAAAAUGUUCUGGAUGAUGAAUUGUUUGCAAUUAUGGUUCUUACUUUAGUGCUUGUAACCGGCAUUGUGUCGCCUAUUGUGAAAGCUCUAUAUGAUCCUUCUAGAAGGUUUCUUGCUUAUAAAAGGAGGACAAUAUUGCAUCACCAAAGCGAAGAAGAAUUGCGCAUACUAGCUUGCAUUCACAAACCAGAUAAUGUAUUGGCUGUUCUGAACCUCCUUGCAGCUUCGAAUGCAACUGAAAAAACCCGCAUAGAUUUAGUUGUACUGCAGCUAGUUAAGCUUGUUGGAAGAGCAGCCUCCGUGCUUGUUGCCCACAUACCGCGAGAAAAGCCUAGCGAAAGAAUCUUCAAUGCAUUCAGCAAAUUUGAAGACGCUUAUAAGGGAAAGGUAUCAUUGCAUUGCUAUAAAGGUAUCUCACCCUAUGCUACAAUGCACAAUGAUGUUUGCUACUUGGCACUUGAAAAAAGAAUAACUUUCAUAAUCAUACCUUUCCAUAAACAAUGGAUAAUCGGAGGUAUGGCCGAGUCAACUUUCGCAUUCAAGCAACUCAACAAAAACGUUCUCGAGAAAGCUCCUUGCUCGGUCGGUGUCCUAAUCGAUCGUGGCAAUCAGAAGAAAUUUUGGUGCGGCUAUUUGAACGAAUCAACAUAUCUAGUCGCAGUGCUUUUCUUUGGAGGCCCAGACGAUAGAGAAACGCUCGCGUACGCAAAACGUAUGAUGGAUCAACCUAAUGUAAAUAUUACUCUCUUUCAUUUUUCAUCGUCUUCGAAAGAUUUUAUUGGUGGUUCAGAUAGAAGCAAAAAGCUUGAUACUCAAAUAUUGAGUGAGUUUAGGUUGAGUGCUUUUAGGAAUGAUAGGGUUUCUUAUAAAGAAAAUGUUGUAACAAAUGGAAGAGAUGUGCUUUCAGUUAUUGAAUACAUGGAUAGUUUUUAUGAUCUUGUUAUGGUUGGAAAGAGGCAUGAAGAUUCAAAGUUGAUGUCUGAACUUGGAAAAUGGAAGCAUGGUGAGUUGGGAACUGUAGGAGAGAUUCUUGCUUCUUUGAAUAUUGGAGAUAAAACUUCAGUUUUAGUUGUGCAACAACAAAUUAAAUUUUGGGGGUCACGUGAUCAAGAGGAGUCUACACAUUUGAGAAGAGUAAAUGUAUAGCAUUGUUUAGGAUUUGACAAAAAGAAACAUUCUUAUGUAUACACUUAGU